GAACCAGGAAGUUCAGGAAGAGAAAUAAGUGAAACUUGCUCCUCUGUUUUUCAAAUCACAGUCUUGCAUACCAAAGACUGCAGAAAGUUUAGCUGAUCACAAGCUAGUCCUGAGUUGGGGAGGGUAAGAAAAUGUGAAACAGAAAUAAGUUGAAAAUAGAUAAUUUUGUUUCUGUUGAGAAUUUGAGCCUACGGCUGAGCAGGUCAGAUUAAAAUUUAGGCAAGCUAAGAUGCAUGCUGAGGACCCAGCUCCAUGAGUCAGGAAAUGAUGUCAGGCUUUCUGUCUUCAGUUAAAAAAAUAUUUUGUUCCUGUCUCUAAUGAUUGUGAGGAAAAGUUGCGGAGCCUGGCAGAAGAGACAAGUGCAACAGUCUGCCUCACCUGGCAUGCCUCUCCAAGUCUGUGCGUGCAAGCUCUCAAGCAAAUGCAUUCCAGGCUCUAGGAUAAGAUGUUGAAAAAAUUAAACCAAGCAGGAUGACAGAAAACAUUUGGAGAAUCUGGAUCAUCUACACAGUCAUAGCUGCAAAGGUUUCAGAAGAAAGAGCUGUGAAGCAGGUUUGUCCUUCAUGUGAUGCUGCUCAUUUUUGUGACUGUUCUUUCUUGGGGCUGAACACCAUUCCUUCGGGGCUAACAAGUGAAAUCACAGGACUAAACCUGGCCCACAACAAGAUAAAACAUAUCAGUGAAAAUGACCUGAGGUCAGGCUUGAACCUCCGAGUGCUGUUGCUGCAAUCAAAUCAAAUUUGGACAAUAGAUGAGAAUUCAUUUCACUCCCUUGGAAAACUGGAGCAUUUGGAUUUAUCCAAUAAUAACAUGACUCGCUUGUCACCGACUUGGUUCAGGGGCUUUGUUUCCUUACAGCACCUGGACAUACGGGGUAAUUUCUAUGCAGAACUGGGAGAAGGGUACCUGUUUUCUAAUCUUAAAAAUCUGAGAAAUCUGUACCUUGGGAAUAAAGAUCGCUUCCUUGCUAUACGGCAGCAGGACUUUGAAGGAAUUACUGUUCUUGAGCAACUUGAAAUUCAGGGGGAAAAGCUCCACUGGUAUGAGCAGGGAAGUUUGAAAUCCAUUAGGAACAUAAAUCACAUAAUCAUAAACGUAAGAAACAUUUCUGUGCUGUCAGCAAUUCUGGGGGAUCUUGUAAAUUCUGUAACCUGCUUAGAACUGAGAAAUAUAGCCUUCAGGACAGAUAAUGAAACUAUGUUACUGAAUAUCAUGAUUCCUUCUGUUAUGAAGAAACUUCGAUUUAAAAAUGUUUUGCUUACAGAUCAAAGCAUACCUAGUAUAAUGGGCAUCAUGGUGAACAUGAGGCAAUUGGUAGAGCUGGAGGCAGAAGACUGUACAUUGCAGGGGACUGGACAAUGGUCUGAACAAAUUCCUGCAGACAAACCAAACCCUGUUAAAGUAGUGACAAUAAGGAACUUAUCCAUCGAAAAAUUUUAUUUAUUUACAGACCUUAAUAGUAUGUUAAAUCUUAUAGGUAACCUUACGAAAGUCAUUGUUGGCAAUGCUAAGGUCUUCUUGGUUCCUUGCUUCAUUUCACAACAUUUGCAUUCACUGGAGUAUCUUGACCUUAGUGACAACUUGCUUUCAGAUCCCGCUUUGAAGUAUUCAGCAUGUAAGGGCGCUUGGCCUGUUUUGAACACUUUAAAUUUAAGUCAGAAUUCUCUAAGUGAUAUAAAGAUGACUGGAAAAAGUUUAGCUCACCUACAGAAACUAGCACAACUAGACAUUAGCCAGAAUAAUUUUGGGCAGAUGCCAGAAGUAUGUGAAUGGCCAGAAAACCUGAAGUAUUUAAAUCUAUCAGGCACUCAAAUCCCCAAGCUAACAGGUUGCAUUCCUCCAACUCUUGAAGUUUUGGAUGUUAGUAGCAACAACCUGAUUGAAUUUAGAAUAGAGCUCCCACUCCUCCGAGAGCUAUACAUUGCCCAAAACAAAUUAAAGGCCUUACCAGAUGCUACACUCCUUCCUGCUGUAGCAGCUCUGACAAUCACAAGAAACAAGUUAAACAGUUUCUCCAAGGAAGAAUAUGAAUCCUUUAAGAACAUGAAGAGGCUGGAGGCUGGGGACAAUAAUUUCAUCUGCUCUUGUGAAUUUCUCUCCUUCAUUCAGUAUGAGGUAGGAAUAGCCAAUGUGUUGGCUGACUGGCCAGAAAACUACAUUUGUGACUCUCCAUCUGCUGUGAGAGGGAAACAGGUGGAAGCUGCUCAUCUUUCGCUGAUGGAAUGCCACCAAACACUGGUGGUGUCCUUAACCUGUGUUCUGCUGCUCCUUCUCAUCCUGCUCAUUGUGAUUGUGGGGUACAAGCUGCAUGCAUUCUGGUAUAUGAAAAUGACCUGGGCUUGGCUUCAAGCCAAAAGGAAGCCACAGAAAGUGCAAACAAAGGACGUCUGUUAUGAUGCUUUUGUUUCCUACAGUGAGAGAGACUCUGAGUGGGUUGAAGAGUUAAUGGUACAGGAACUGGAGCAGGCCAACCCCCCUCUGAGACUGUGUCUUCACAAACGGGAUUUUGUGCCUGGGAAGUGGAUCAUUGAUAACAUCAUUGACUCCAUUGAGAAGAGUCAUAAGACAUUGUUUGUGCUGUCAGAGCACUUUGUGCAGAGCGAGUGGUGCAAGUAUGAGCUGGACUUCUCCCACUUUCGCCUCUUUGAUGAGAACAAUGAUACAACCUACCUGGAAUGGCCUCUUGAGGAAGUGCAGCAGCAAGUAUUUUGGAGUACGUUAAAAGAGGCCUUAAUGUCAUAGGAAAAGUAAUUUAAGACCUCUAUAGUAGCACUCCUGCACUGGCCUUCUACCUAGAAUAUGGGGCAGGCCUUUUUCCUGAUAAGGGUUUGUUUAUUGUUAUUCCGUGAAGAGAAUUUGCCUGUACGUUAAACUAGUUAUAGUUUUGUUAAAUGGAAUAUACCAGCUGAGACUAUAUGACUGGCAGAUAAAUUCUUCUGUCAUCUGCAUUUUCUGUUAAUAACUGUGAUGUAGGUAAGGUGGCUAUGUCUUUAGUAAUACUUUCAGGAAUAAUUUUUUGCUUAAUUCAGGUAUCUUUCUGUAGCUAUGUCUACCCCCUUUGCUGAACUAUUUCAAAACAAAUGUUACUGGUCUUCUCUCUCUUAUAAAAGAAAUAAAGCCAACAUGCUGAAA